CGAACGCCCGCCCCUCUCGGCUGCCCGACGCUCGCCGCUCGCGCUCGGGCUCGCGAUGGGGAAGAAGUCCCGGGCAGUACCCGGCCGCAGGCCCAUCCUGCAGCUCUCACCGCCAGGUCCCCGGUGCAGCACGCCUGGCCGGGACCCGGAGCCGGAACCCGACGCCGAGCCGGACUCGACGGCUGCGUCUCCCAGCCAGCCCGUCCCUGUGGCGGCGGCAGCGACCACCACCGCGGUGACUGCCGCCGCGGCGCCAGACGACUCGCCUUCAGAAGAUGAACAGGAAGUGGUGGUGGAGGUUCCUAAAGUUGUUCACAAUCCUCCAAAACCAGUCAUGACCACCAGACCCACAGCCGUUAAAGCAACAGGCGGUCUAUGCUUACUUGGUGCUUAUGUUGACAGUGAUGAUGAUGAGAGUGAUGUUUCUGAAAAACCACCACAAUCCAAAGAGGCAAAUGGAAACCAGUCGACUGAUAUCGAUAGUACUUUGGCCAGUUUCCUAGCGGAGAUUGAUGCCAUAACAGCUCCUCAGCCUGCAGCUCCUGCAGGAGCUUCUGCUCCGCCUCCAACUCCACCUCGACCAGAGCCAAAGGAAGCAGCAACAUCUGCCCUUUCUUCCACUGCUUCAAAUGGAACAGACUCAGCCCAAACAUCAGGGUGGCAAUAUGAUACUCAGUGUUCACUGGCAGGAGUCGGAAUUGAGAUGGGAGAUUGGCAAGAAGUCUGGGAUGAAAACACAGGAUGCUAUUAUUAUUGGAACACACAAACAAAUGAAGUGACUUGGGAGUUACCCCAAUAUCUUGCCACCCAGAUACAGGGAUUACAACAUUACCAGCCCAGUUCUGUACCAGGUGCUGAGGCUAGUUUUGUGGUAAAUACAGACAUAUAUUCUAAGGAGAAAACUGUUCCUGUUUCCAGUAGUAAAAGUGGACCAGUCAUAACCAAGAGAGAAGUUAAAAAGGAAGUAAAUGAAGGAAUUCAGGCUCUCUCAAAUAAUGAGGAGGAGAAGAAAGGAGUGGCAGCUUCACUGCUUGCUCCUUUAUUGCCUGAGGGAAUAAAAGAGGAAGAAGAGAGAUGGAGAAGAAAAGUAAUUUGUAAAGAAGUAGAGCCAAUUUCAGAAAUGAAGGAAACAAGCACAACAGUAGAAGAAACAGCAACAAUAGUAAAGCCACAGGAAAUUAUGUUGGACAAUAUAGAAGAUCCUUCUCAGGAGGAUCUUUGUAGUGUUGUUCAAUCUGGAGAAAGUGAGGAGGAAGAGGAACAAGAUACCCUUGAGCUGGAGCUAGUUUUGGAGAGGAAAAAAGCAGAGUUGCGAGCCUUGGAGGAAGGAGAUGGUAGUGUGUCAGGGUCUAGUCCGCGUUCGGAUAUCAGCCAGCCAGCAUCUCAAGAUGGAAUGCGUAGACUUAUGUCUAAAAGAGGGAAAUGGAAGAUGUUUGUUCGAGCCACCAGUCCAGAAUCUACCAGCCGGAGUUCUAGCAAAACUGGACGAGAGACCCCGGAAAAUGGGGAAACUGCAAUUGGUGCUGAAAUUUCAGAAAAAAUAGAUGAGAAUUCAGACAAAGAGGUAGAAGUAGAAGAAUCUCCAGAGAAGAUAAAAGUACAAACAGCACCUAAAGUAGAAGAAGAACAGGAUUUGAAAUUUCAGAUUGGAGAACUGGCAAAUACCCUGACGAGUAAAUUUGAAUUCCUAGGCAUUAAUAGACAGUCCAUCUCCAACUUUCAUGUGCUGCUCUUACAGACUGAGACACGAAUUGCAGACUGGCGGGAAGGAGCUCUUAAUGGAAACUACCUUAAACGAAAACUUCAGGAUGCAGCAGAACAACUAAAACAGUAUGAAAUAAACGCCACUCCUAAAGGCUGGUCCUGCCACUGGGACAGGGAUCAUAGACGAUAUUUCUAUGUAAACGAACAGUCGGGCGAGUCUCAGUGGGAGUUCCCAGAUGGUGAGGAGGAGGAGGAAGAAAGCCAAGCACAAGAAAGCAGAGACGAAACUCUUCCUAAACAGACCGUGAAAGACAAAACUGGCACUGAUUCAAAUUCUACAGAAUCUUCUGAGAAUUCCACAGGUUCUCUUUGUAAAGAAUCCUUUUCUGGUCAAGUUUCUUCUUCAUCACUGAUGCCGCUUACUCCAUUCUGGACCCUCCUUCAGUCCAAUGUGCCUGUGCUUCAACCUCCGUUACCCUUGGAAAUGCCACCACCACCACCUCCACCUCCAGAAUCCCCUCCUCCUCCUCCUCCCCCCCCACCUCCUCCUGUAGAAGAUGGUGAGAUACAGGAGGUAGAGAUGGAGGAUGAGGGAAGUGAGGAGCCUCCUGCUCCAGGAACAGAGGAGGAUACUCCUUUAAAACCUUCAGCACAAACCACCAUUGUAACAAGCCAGAGUUCAGUUGAUUCUACCAUCUCUAGUUCUCCUUCCACUAAAGGGAUAAAGAGAAAAGCUACAGAAAUUAGUACUGCAGUGGUUCAGAGAUCAGCUACCAUUGGUAGUUCUCCUGUCCUCUACAGCCAAUCAGCUAUCGCUACAAGUCACCAGGCGACAGGGGUUGCACACCAGGCAACAGGGGUUGCACACCAGGCAAUACCAGUUAGCCAUCCAGCAGCAGGAAUGGGUCAUCAGUCCAGAGGAAUGAAUCUACAGUCAAAUUACCUUGGACUAGCAACAGCACCUACAAUCAUGAAUUAUGCUGAAUGUUCUGUCCCAAUUGGAGUGACUGGUUCCUCACUGCAGUCAGUCCAGGCCCGAGGUGCUGUGCCUGCCACUGCCAUUAUAGAACCACCACCACCACCUCCUCCUCCUCCUCCACCACCACCACCAGCUCCCAAAAUGCCACCACCUGAGAAGACAAAAAAAGGAAAGAAAGAUAAGGCAAAGAAGAGUAAAACCAAAAUGCCAUCUUUGGUAAAGAAAUGGCAGAGUAUCCAGCGUGAGUUAGAUGAAGAGGAGAACUCUAGUUCCAGUGAAGAAGACCGGGAGUCAACUGCGCAGAAGCGAAUUGAAGAGUGGAAACAGCAGCAGCUGGUCAGUGGCAUGGCAGAGAGAAAUGCUAACUUUGAAGCCCUUCCUGAGGAUUGGCGAGCAAGACUGAAGAGAAGGAAAAUGGCUCCAAACACAUAGUUUUCAAAUUUUUUUAAAAAAUUUUUUAUUAUUUGUUUUGUGUUCAGUUCAGAGUCUUAACCAGUUUUACUGUUGUCAAAUAAACUAUAAAUGUUAUGGGGGAGAGCAAACGUGUAUAAAGUUUUCACAUUCGUGAAAUGUAAUUUUUCUAUUUUGCUGAAAGGUGAGGUGAUUGGAAUUGCUUUAACCUGCCUUCCCUUAUUCUCACACUGGCAAACUUAGCAUGUUAUGUAUAUUAACUUCAUCAGUCUUGAAGAACAUUUGGCUCAUGAGUACGACAUGUCUGUAAAGGACUGACUCACUGACAAAAGGUGAAGCAUUUUUAUGCCUAAUAGAGGCUCAUUUACUUCCUAAUGUGGUGUGCUCUCUCUCAUUAUCUUCUACUCCAGAACAAGUGCAAUUCAGAAGGCAGCUUUGUAUUCUAUCUUGCUUGACUGGGAUUGUCAGGAUCUCUUUCAGACCUCUUCCUCUACUCUGCCACCCCUGAAGUGCUGAGGUCUGUUAAGUGUUUUACCUUGUGCUGGUAGAUGGCCACACUCUUUAGAGUAAUUCUUUCUCACAAAUUCCAGAACUGAUAGCUCAGUCAUUUCACACACUAGGUGGCAUAUUUAAGUCUUAAUAUAAGCAGCAGCAGGUGGGGGUUAAUAUCCUUGAUUUUGAGGAUUUUACCCUCAAGUAUGUGGCAGUAAAUGUAACAAGAGCCACUCUAUGUAUUAAUGUCUCUCCAUUGUCUUACCCUGUUCCAAAAUUCACCUCCCUUCUUUAUGUGAAUGUACUUUCCAUAAAAUUCCAGUAUUUAAAAAGCAGUUUACUGUUCUGUACUUUCUAUUGUAUCACAAUCAGGUAAAAGUCACUUUAAACUGAAGAAAAGGCAAAUUGUGUUUUAAAACUGUUUGUAUUUCUCCAGUUUCGAACCUUCCUUGUAAAUUUGUGUAUAUGCACUAAUAAAGCUUUUUUUAUACUUCUGA